AUGCAUAGCAACGUUUUUGUCGGUGUCAAACCAGGGUUUAAUCACAAACAGCACAAUAAAAGCUCACGUUUUCUGGGAAACGUAACCAGCCACACGUCGGAAGAGCCUAGCAACUACGAUUAUGUGUUACUUCCCAUAACAACGGGUAGGUACAAGGAGAUUGUUGGGCAGGUUUUUAAAGAGUUCCAAAAGCAGUCCAAACAGCAUUGGCAGCCGCUCCGGGUCCCCGAGCCCCAGUUGCAGGAUAUCUGUAUCCCUCCUUUCAACGUCAACAAGCUGGAUGACGACGACGCGCCUUCCUACAUUGGCCUGCUAUCGUCUUGGUUGGAAUUGGAGAGUCCCGAUCCAGCUGUAAGAGAUCUUGGCCUGAAGGUCCUUCUGAACGAAUGUAAAUACGCAAGGUUUGUCGGGAUCAGAAAGCUGAUAUUGGCACCUCCGCGCGAUCUGUCCAAUCUGCAACUGUAUGGACAGAUGAUUUAUAGACUUUUACAGAAUCGCAUUAUCUUCACCGCGCCUGCAUUGACCAUAUCCAUCUCUUUGCCGCUUUACGAGGACAGCGACCCGCUGGCCACUUGGGAAUUGUGGAAUACUGUCCGGAAGUUGUGCGAAUACCAUUCAUCAUUAACUGUGUCUUUGGCUUUGCCGAGAACCAAGACACCUUCCUUUGUGCUAAACAGAUGGCUCGCCGAGCCCGUUUCGUGUCUUUUGGUCUCUUCGUCUAUUUUCGCCAGUAAUCAGUAUGACUAUCCCGUUUUGCACAAGUUCAAUCAGAACUUGAUUCUAAAAUUCCAAAAAAUUAAUGGAGACUCGCAAAUCUUGGGAAAUGAACUAUGCGUGAUAUUACACGGGAUGGAGAAAUAUGCCAACGAUGUCAAGGGCGGUGAAUCCGCUUAUUUGGAGUAUGUAAACUUUUUAUUGAAAAAGGGCGACAAGGCCUUGAACUCCAAGGGUAACCGUCAACUGAUGCUGCAGGAAGAAUCUAGGAUAAUGCCGCCUUUGAAACCGCAUUCAGACACUCUGUUGAAUUCCACGUAUUUGACUUUUGAAAAAGACUUGGUGAAAUACGACCUUUACGAAUCUGCCAUAUUAGAAGCGCUCCAAGACCUUUCAUCACGAGCGACCUUUAAGAGGCCAUUGGUCGUCUUGGUGGCUGGUGCUGGAAGAGGGCCUUUGGUGGAUCGAACUUUUAAGACCUUAUCGAUGCUAUCCUUGGAAAACAGGGUUUCAAUAAUUGCCAUUGAAAAAAACCCACAGGCCUAUUUAUAUUUGCAAAAGAGAAAUUUCGAUUACUGGGAUAACAAGGUGGAAUUGAUCAAGGAAGACAUGACCAAAUGGCAAACUAAUGAACCGCCGGAAAGACGUGUCCAGGUAGACCUGUGCAUAAGUGAACUAUUGGGUUCAUUCGGUUGUAAUGAACUAUCACCCGAAUGUCUUUGGUCCAUUGAGAAAUAUCAUUCCCGUAAUGAUACUGUCUUUAUACCAAGAUCAUACUCUUCCUAUAUAGCUCCUGUUUCGUCGCCAUUGUUCUACCAGAAACUCUCAAAAGUGAAUCGGUCCUUGGAGUCGCCUUGGGUAGUCCAUAGAGUUCCAUACUGCAUACUUUCGUCUAAGAUAAAUGAAGUUUGGCGAUUCGAGCACCCCAUGUUCGAAAAGGAUGUUGACCAAGUGGAGGAUGGCGAUGACACUGUUCGGUUCUCUCAAAGUUCAUUGAGCGAGUUCAAAAUGAAGCAUCGCGGUGAAAUUCAUGGGUUUAUCGGAUUCUUCACGGUAAACCUAUAUAAUGAUAUAUUCUUGUCAACUUUGCCCGAUGACAGUACCGUUCGUUUAAAAUCCAAUGAAGAAAGUUCCAAGUGUGCCAGGCAAGAUGAAGAUUUACAACUAAUUAAAAGGUGUGAUCAUACGCCCAAUAUGACCUCGUGGUCUCCAAUAAUUUUCCCUCUAAAACAACCUUUAUCAUUUGUAGACGAUUCUGAACUUUCUGUGUUGAUGUCACGAAUUCAUUCGGAUACAGAACAGAAAGUUUGGUAUGAGUGGUCUUUGGAAAGUUUCAUAUACCUCAUGCUAUCAAAUUACGGUUCGGCAACUGCAGCGACAAACAUGACCAAUCCCAGAUCCAUAGUGACAGAAGGUACUAAAACGUCAAACCAUAACCGCCAUUUUUCUGUAACGACGAAUCAAAACCUGGAUAACCAAAUCGAUCUCGAUCAAGACGUCGAAAACGAAGAAGAACAAGGAUUUUUGUCCAACCUGGAAACUGGUUGGCAAAGUGUGCAAGAUAUACACGGACUCAGCGAGACCACUAGGCCAGAUCAGCUAAACUCUACCAAUAGACCCAUGUUUGAUCUAAAAUCCAGCCGCGUGCUCGAUUCCACUAGUGGAUCACCAAGACAUGAGGAUCUAGAAGAGGAUGCUCCCGAGGUCCAUGUCAGAGUCAAGACCGGUGUUUCCACUCUACAUAAUGUUUGCGGUAGGGCCUUUUCCUUACCGUUGUAA